AAUAUCAUCUCCGAACAAUACAACAAUUCAUUUCCGACUGCUAUCCUGGGUGAGAAGUUCGUACACUGUAAAUGUUUAUAAUGGUGAUCGUUCCUCGACAAUCGCAAGCAUGCACGAUUGGAACGUUAAUCAAUAUGAACACAAAGUUAUUGUGAUUCCAUCAAAUUCAGUGUUGAUAGAGGCAGACAUAUCAACAUUGAGAGGAUUUUUAGCUGAAAUUAAAGUCAUUGGUCAAACAGGGACAUCCAAGCAGAAACCGGAGAUCAACGUUAAUAUUGAAGAAUGUAAUUUUCAAGAAAUUUCUGGUUCAGCGGUUCAUUACACUUCAGAUCCUGAACUCGCCAGCACAGUAACGAUUAAACGUAGCCACGUGACUUUACAAGGAAACAAAAAUCAACCAAAUACGGCAUCAAUUGAAAUGUUGGUUAAAAACAACGACACAGUAGAGAUCUCAAACACGGUAUUUUCCAGUGUCAGUCGAGGGGGGAUCCACAUCUACCUUUACGAUAAACCAGGAGUGAUAAAUAUAGUUAAUAACGUCAUUUCCGGUAAUGCCAAUGGCAGCGAGUCCGUUUAUGUAGUUGUUGUUGGAAGUGGUACGUCUAGUGAACUUCUAAUGGCUGGAAACUACUUUAAUCGAAACGAUAUUUCUUACCCACAUGGACUGGUUGUAAUCAAAAACAUGAAUGCAAUCGUUAAAGACAACGUGUUCUACGAAAACAAUGCAGAAACUCCAUUUCAUUUUAUUAAUUCAAAAGACCGAAACAUCUCGCCUAUCGCUACCAAAAAUAUAUUUUUUUUGAAUAAGGGAUAUUUACAUACACUGCUGAUUCAACCAAACGGUCGUGAAUUUAUUAACGAAAACUUUUUAAUCAACCCGGCUAAUCUGUUCGAAAUCAGUACUCUGCCAAGCAGUUUUACUAAUUUCGUAAAUGCCACAAAUAAUUGGUGGGGAAACGUGAAUCCCAACGUGAUCAUGAGGAAAAUUAAGGAUAAAAGAAGUGCUGUCGGAUUGCCACGUGUAAUAUAUCAACCUUUCUUAACGACACCAACACUCAUAUUUUCAACAGGAUUAUGCCCGUUUGGUUGGAUAAAUAUUGGCAGGAAAUGCUACAAUAAUCUUAGAAGUCCUCAUAGUUUUACGAAGUCCAAAGAAAUGUGCAAGAAAAUUGGUGGGAAAAUGCUUGCUUUUCACGAAAAUGAAAUUGACUCACCGGAAGUGUUGCAAAAAUUGCAUGCAAAAUGGGCAUAUGGAACACGAUCAAGUAUUUGGAUCGACGUCUUUAAAGAGGAUGCGAUUCCAUUCCAGAAUAAUAGAUGUUGGAUGUUCGAUGGAAAUAUAAAAAAAGCUUCAUGUGACAUAACGAAGCCAACAAUAUGCGAAAAGAGUAAACGUAUUCGUUGUAUCAAUGACUGCUCCCUCAACGGAAUUUGUCUGGGACAGACGUGUAAGUGUGAUACUGGAUGGGAAGGAGCUGAUUGUUCGUCAUAUCACUGUAAAGAUGUUGGUAAUUGUGGGACCUUUGGAACUUGCGUUGGACCAAAUCAUUGUAAAUGUCGUUUAGGAUGGAAGGGUCGUGGUUGCACUGUUAGUUAUUGUCUGCCGUUCAGAACUUGUCAAAGUUGUCUCUCACGCAGAGGAUGUGGUUGGUGCGACAACACAGGGAGAUGUUUACCUGGUACAGGUUAUAAAGCAGACAUUGGCCACUGCAAAUCGUGGUUUUAUCACAACUGUAUUAGUGUUGGACGAAAUCCGUCAUGUUCUAGUGCUAUAAAAGUUAUCGACUGCAGCACAAAUUUGUGCAAUCCUGACCAGUCGCGGUCAAACAAAGGAAGUUGUCAGCAAUGCAAGGAUUUGGAACGCUGCUAUAAUUACAACAAUACAGACAAUUCCACAUCACCAAGAUGUUAUGGGUGGGACGAAAGGAAAUGUGCGAAAGGAUUUGUAAAGAAGGACUACGAAGACACUUCGCGGAUUGACAAAGUCGUAACGAUGUCAAAUGUAAAACUAAUCAAUUCCGAUGACUUGAAAUUAUAUGGUUGUCCAGUUGAAGAGAACUUGGUUAUUGUGACAAAACAAAGCAGCAUAAAAUUCAAAAAAGGAGACAUCAUAUCAAGCACGCAAGCAGAGGGAGUGUUUCACAAAAUAGAAGAUAUCGCAUACACAGAUCAACAUGUUCUCAUGAGCGUAAUUCCAGCAAGACUGGAGGAGGCAAUUUCCUACAGUGAUUUCAAUCAAGAGGUUCCACUUCAGACCGUGUUAGUUCAAGACCUGUUUGAAGACCGUCCUGAUGACAGCUUAUUGCAAGAUGUUCUCUCAGGAGACUCCCCAAUUAACGGAACAAAAAUACAUACUAUUUUUACUGGAUCAGGCAACAACGUAUACAAAUGUUUAGCAAGAACCUACACGACUGAGGAUGAUGAAGAGGUCACAACUUUCUUCUUGGUCAUUCCCAUGACAUCCAUCGAUGGAAAUUUGAGUGUUGGUCAUGUUCUUGUUGGCAAUAGCAGCGACGGUUUUCUAGAGACCGUUACUGACAUUAUUCAAGAGGACGAUGCCAUGUUUGUUUAUACUGAACUGACGACGUGUAGCCACAGUUUUUCAAAUUUGAAGAAAUUUAAAACCUUAGGAGAGUCAACUAGCUCUUGUUUGGGUGGAGACGAUCUUCUUGGCUUAAAGAUAACAGGAAAUGAUGCGAACGUCACGGUCAGAGAUAUAAUCGUUGGGAGAACAAGUGGUGCAUUUUUUGGGAAAGUCCUUAGUUUUUACGUGGAGAAUGAAACCUAUUUUGUGGAGUUGAUGCCACUAGUUUCAGUAAAAGAUGGAAAUAUCAAGGAACAAUUCAAUAUCAGUGCUACCAGUCCUCGUCGGCGAAAAAGGGCGGAAUAUGACUUCACAGGGAAAGGGAAUUUUAAGAAAGAAAAACAUGAACGAUUCGGUGAACAUCUUAAACUGAGUGCAAGCGUCGAGUUUAAUGCUGCAGUGAAAAUCAGUCUUCGCACUUUUUUUUUUCUGAUUAAGUCAGUCGGGGUCACCUUUUCUGGUGAUAUGAAAUUAAGCCUGAACGCUAAUUUCGAUCCAUCAGUCAGGUUUUCAAAAACGUGGAGCAGAAAACUGAUCGACAGCAAGGAAGUUGGCCGCUUCUGUAUACCUUUAGGCCUAGUGCGUGUACCCGGAGUGUUUAGAUUGGAUAUUGGAAUUUCUGCAACUGCUUCCGCUUCGGCUUCCGCUUCGUUAUCCGCAAGUUUGCAAUCUGAAUAUUCAAUAUCAGCAGGCGGUGAAUGGAGUGGAGGGAAUGAUGUUCGGCCUAAAUCUGAUAAGGGAGGGUCAACGCAACCGUCGUUUGAAGCACGCAUAAAAAAAGCAUCAGCGUCCGUCUCAGCAUCUCUUACACCAACUUUUGAAGUCCACUGGCCAUCGGUGACCUCAAAACCGUUCCAGGCGGCAGGAUGGCUUCUUCGCACAAUUUUAGGUAGUAAAAAAGGCUCGACUCUUCCAUCGCUCCUCGUCUUCAAAUUAACAGCACCAAUCACUGCAUCGGUGGAUGCAAAAUUCUGUACCGAAAAAUGUCCUUACGCGGGCCGAAACGUUGAAGCUAACUUCCGUGGAGGAUUGCCCACAGUCUCCGGGUCUCUAACCAUCAACAUUGGACCAUUUAAUAAAAAUUGGAAAAUUUUUGAAAUUUCUGUGUACGAAUCCGUUAAAAGGUGGAGAAAAAAUCUUUUCGAAUGCUGACUGAAUUGGGCGUAACAAUGACUGAAUAGAUUGCCAUGGUGACAUUAGUGCAUAGAAUGCAUAAUUUACAAUUUUACAUACAUUUAUACAUACAUUUUCUCUAUCAUCCAUUUAAACAUGUUUCGAAAUGCUUCUGCGUACUU